AUGGAGGAGGAUGAAUUAAGAUGUCUUGAAACGGAACAAGAUUUUAAAAAUAUUUCCAACAUACUUAAAACAUUUGUUUUAAAUAACUCUCAAGUAUUUACUUUUGACUCACUUAAUAAAAACAAUAGAAGACAAAGAUUAUAUUCUACUUUAUUUAAAUUGCUUAAAAAUGAUGAAGCUCAUGAAUGUCAUAAAGAAUGUUUGGAAUGUUUAAGAUUGCUAAGUAGAGACAAAACAGAUUUAAAUGAUGCUCUAGAUGAGCAAAAGAUUGAAGUUCUUUUGAAAUUAUCAUCGUUAUAUACAAAAGAUGAAGCGAUUAAAAAAAUUAAUGAAAAAAACAAAGUUGAUUUGAUUGUAGCCGCUUUAAAAGCCUUAUGUAAUAUAAUUUAUAACAGUUCAGUUGCUGUAACCUAUGUUUCUAAUUCACAUGCUGCCGAGGGUAUUCUUAUGAGGUUACAAAUGAUAAAAGAGAAAAAAAUAUCUCCUGCAAUUAAACUUUUCGAUAUAAAACUACUUUUUUUAUUAACUGCACUGGCACCAGAAAUUAGACCGAAACUAAAACAUGAAUUUCAUGGUCUCACAUAUUUGAUAGAAGCUUUAGAUUUAAUUUUAAAGGAAAGUCCUUUGAAAAAUAAAGACACUACUUAUUAUUCACUAUCAGAUGACGAUGUGGACUUGUGUUGUGAAAUUCUCAAAGUUAUUUUUAAUCUUAUGGUAAAAAAUGUUAUUAAUCAAGUUUCUUUGAUUGACGAAGAUGAAGAAGAAGCAUUAUUUAUUAGACUGACAUCUUCUGUCCACGACCUUCUCUUAGCUGAAACAUCUUCAUCGAAACAAUUAGAGCUGAGAAAUCAUGUCGUAAAUCUUCUUACUUGUAUUCCUGUUAAUUGUUAUUCUCAAAUGAUGACUACAAAUUCAGAAAAUGUUUCGAAAGAUUUAGUAUGGGAGGGAAAAAACAUGGAAGCCAUUGAAGUUUUGUUGCAAUUUCUCAAUCAAAAACUAUCAUCAACGGAGAAUUCAAGAUCGAAACAAGAACUUUUAUCUCCAAUAUUAACCGUCCUUUUUCAAAUGGCCAAAAGAGAGAGAAUAAUUAGAAAGUAUUUACGUCAUAAAAUUUUACCACCAUUAAAGGACGUUAUGAGUCGACCCGAAGAAGGGAAUUCUUUUAGAGGAAAACUUUGUCGAUUAUUAACAUCACCUUCUUCAACCGUAAAAGAUCUCACUGCCGAAUUUUUAUACGUUUUAUGUAAAGAAAAUGUUGGUAGAAUGAUAAAGUACACGGGUUACGGUAAUGCUGCGGGUUUGUUUGCCAAUCGUGGCAUAAUGUUUGGAGGAUGCGGAACAAGAAAUUCACAAUCCAGUUAUUCAUCUGAUUCAGAUUCUGAUACAGAAGAAUACAGUAAAUAUUUUGACCAAAUUAAUCCAGUUAUUGGGUGCUACGAACCACAUCGAACAAAUCCAACGGAAAACAUGACGGAAGAACAAAAAGAAUACGAAGCCGUUAAAUUAGCCAACAUGCUCGAUAAACUCACAAGGGAUGGAAUAAUUCAGCCAUGUCAAGUCGGAGAUGAUGGCCGACCACAACCCAUUCAACACGUUCUUCAACUCCAAGAAAAUCUUCCCAAUCAGCAAGUUAAAACAAUUAAAAAAAUGACUUAA